GGGGAACAAGACGAUUUCUUGGCGUCCACGACUGCUGAAAAGAACACAAAUGCAUCUUCAUCGCCGGUUGAGAAGACUCGAGAAGGAAUGAGCAAGAACAAGAUGUUGAACAAGAACAGGGAUUCUUCUAGUUCAUCUCCGGUGACGAGGACCAGGUUCGUGUUAUCCAAAGAAGACUAUGUUCUGAAAUUUACCGAGUACAAAAAGGACUUCCUACAGCAAACAGACCAAUUCGGAAACUCGGUCCUUCAUUUGAUGACCCUCCAUGGACGUCGGGAGCUUCUCAGCCACGUGAUGGCUACCUUUAAGGUCAUAUUAACAUUUAGCUUUUCUUUGAAGUGCAUUGUCGUGAUCAACACUAAAACUAAUGGUUGUACCUUUUUUAGUGUCCAUCUUUCUCGGCAUCUCGGUUGUACCCUUUUGUUCCCCUGUAUUCUUCUCAUGAAUUAUAAUAAUAUUAGUAUUUAUAGUAUUAGCAAUUCCCAGAAAUCUCUUAAGGAGCUCCCUUAAGGAGCUUCCUUAAGGCGCUUCCUUAAGGAAAUCAGUUUCCUUACGGAAUUUUUAUUAUAAAAAGCUAUUAUAACUUUCCUUAAGAGGAAAAAAAUUCCCUUAAGGAGGUCCCUUAAGGACAAGCUGUUAUAAACUUGGGCUAAUAACAGCGGCUCCUUAAGGACCUUGCUAGUACUACGAGUCCAAAAGUGUCAAGAACGUGCUAACGUGUUCGCGGCUGUUAGUUUGUAGGCUACUCACGUACACCAGCCACAUCCGCAGCAAGACACUACGCGCCCACCCCUAGCGAAUCGCCCCAACGAACUUCCAACCGCUACCCUUGUCAUAUAUCGCCCAGCGCCUUUGCUUUUUUUCAAAAACUUCAGGGAGGUCAUUCAAAUACAGAGAAAGCUGAACGACCUCCCUGAAGUUUUUGGAAAAAAGUUAGCUCGCUCCCCUUCCGCGACUACCUUCCGCGCACAGCAAUCGACCACGGCACAGGAGCGCGCGGCAGCCCUUGGAGGUCGAUGGUUGACCAGUAUACUCCUAACCAGCACAAAAGCGGGAGAUGAAUUGUAAGAGAGAGGGUGAGCACUUGAAAAGGUAGAGGUUGACGAGCGUGAUCGUAUUGAUUCGCGAGAAGGCCAAAGACAUACAUCUCGGCGCUUCAAAGUCGUAGCCGUUGGGGAUGUCGAUGGCUGUGAGAUGAAUGAUAGCCGUGCGCACUUGCGUGUCUGAAGGGUGGACCCUGGUGAGCAUCAUCAUAUCCAUGAGAAGGCCAAAGGUGUGCAACUUUGCGUGUGAAAGUCGAAGCCGUUGAGGAUGUUGAUGUCUGUGAGAAUGAUAGCCGUGAGGACUUGCAUGUCUGAAGGGUGGACCCUGGUGAGCGUCGUGAUCAUAUCCAUGAGAAGGCCAAAGAUAUACAUCUCUGUGUAUGAAAGUCGAAGCAGUUGAGGACGUCGAUGUCUGUGAGAAUGAUAGCCGUGAGGACUUGCAUGCCUGAAGGGUGGACCUUGGUGAGCAUCAUCAUAUCAACGAGAGGGCCAAAGACAUACAUCUCUGUGAGUGAAAGUCGAAGCCGUUGAGGAUGUCGAUGUCUGUGAGAAUGAUAGCCGUAGCCGUGAGGGCUUGCAUGUCUGAAGGGUGGACCCUGGUGCGCGUCAUCAUAUCCAUGAGAAGGCCAAAGGUAUACAUCUCUGUGCUUGAAAGUCGAAGCCGUUGAGGAUGUCGAUGCCUGUGCGAAUGAUAGCCGUGAGGACUUGCAUGUCUGAAAGGUGGACCCUGGUGAGCAUCAUCAUAUCCAUGAGAAGGCCAAAGCUGUGCGUCUCUGUGUUUGAAAGUCGAAGCCGUUGAGGAUGUCGAUGCUUGUGAGAGUGAUAGCCAGCCUUGAGCACUUGCGUGUCUGAAGGGUGGACCUUGGUGAGCGUCAUCAUAUCCAUGAGAGGGCCAAAGGUAUACAGAUUUGCCUGUGAAAGUCGAAGCUGUUGAGGGUGCCGAUGUCUGUGAGAAAGUAGAUAAGGGUGGACCUUGGCGGCCGUCAUCAUGUCCAUGAGAAGGCCAGGCGCAUGCAUCUCCGUCGGUGAAGGCUGAAGGCUGAGGACGUCGAUGCCUGUGUGUGAGAAUGAUAACUGUGGGCCAUUGCAUGUCUGAGGCGCGGACCGUGGUGGGCGUCUUGCGUCAUGUCCAUGAAACAGCCAACCCUAUAGACACAUCCCCGCGCCUGAAGGUUGGGGCCCAGCUUCUGGCUCUGCGCAUAGAUAUGCCCAAGCGUGGCCUUCUCAUGGGCCUCGUCCAUGACGCUCGCCAGUGUCAGCCUUUUGCCAUCACAUGGGUAUGCUAUGCUUUAGGAUUCUCCUGGACAUGAUCACACUCAAAAGGGCCCAACCUCUGUGCCUACAUAUGUCCAAGCGUGGCCUUCUCAUGGACUCCAUGACGCUCAGCGGGCCAGCCUCGGCGCCCAUUGGCUUGCCCCUAGCAAGCAAGUUGGCCAAGGCAGUAGCCAUAGCGGUAACCUCCUCACUAGCCUCGCCACAGUGGGGGCCAGCUUCCCAGCCUUGGCGAGCAGACUUGGCGACUUUUUUCGUUUGUCUUUCUGUCUCUUAGUAGUCAACCUGUCGAGUUGUUAACCUAUGCCCAGCGCAGCGGGCCCUUGAUGGGCCCGCUUUCUGGGCAUGUAUAUAAUAUUACAAGGUAAAACUAGGGGCCAAGAAGAUGAGGGGGCCGAGUAGAUGCUAGGAGCAGACUCUAAUACCUACUCAGAUCACCUCGACCUCUUCAAGCUGAAUCGUGCGGGCUUUGCUCCAAUCGGUAUCGCAGCGGUGAUUCAGAACACUGAGAUUUUCAACCUGUU